AUGACGCUCAGAGCCUCGCCCUCUUUCCCUGGCGCCGUCUGGUUUCAGCAAGAUCGGGCGCAACCAGCCCCUGCCACAUGGGGACCGAAGGAUCCCUCGAACUUUGACGGAACCCUCGAGCUUUGCCUCGUCGAACGCAUCUCAGAGGGCCGAAUCGGCGUAACCUACACUGCAGGCGUCCUCUCUGCUGUGAGUCUCAACGGCCGUGAUGUCCGGUCAUCACUACCGUCCACCACCCUUUGCCUCAAAUUCGCAAAGCCAGAAUUCAGUCGUAGCCUGGCGCGAGAGGCUUGGUUCUACGAGCAACUGUCGUCUCUCCAGGUUUGCAUUCGAGCCUUGGAUGGAGUCGACCGGGAGGUGUUGUUCGAGGAUACAGACACGAUCCCAGACAACAUGGACCAAUAUCCUUCCGCGGACUGGCUGACCGACGACGUACCCGAAAACGACGACCAAGAGAUAUACGAAAACCGGCCUUCCAAACUGGAUUCACCCUGGUCCGAAUGGAACCAGGAUCAUGACGCCAAACCAACGAUCUCUGUUCUCGUUCUCGAGCUGCUCGGCGAGCCCUGUACCGGAUGGAAGACUAAAGCAGACAAGUUUGCGUUUGUGGCAGGCAGGCUAAGUAUCAAGGAGGUCAUGGAUGAUUUGGCUGAACUUGGCGUGAUGCACGACAACCUCACUCCUUGGAACACACUCGCGUUCAAGCCCUCUCCGCAUGGUGAGGAGGCUCGUCUAUGCCCUCGGCACAAGGUCGUGCAUCCCUGGAGGAUAAUCGAUUUCGACCGUUCGACAAUGGCAGAUCCUAACAACCUGAACGAAUACGGCAGGCGUAUGUUUACCGAUACGCAAUACAUAUUGGAUAACAUCGCGGUGGAAUUUGAAUUUUGGGCGUGGCAGUAG